ACAGUUCGUGGGCGAACGUUCGCCGAGUGCCGUCUCGCGUUCUCCUUUUCGAACGGUGUCCCGUGUUCCUCAUCAUCAUCAUCGUCGUCGUCGUUGUCGUCGUCGUUGUCGUUGUCGUCGUCGUCCUUCUCAUCAUUAUCGUCAUCGUCGUUGUCGUCGUCGUCGUCGUCGUCGUUGUCGUCGUCGAACGAAACGACGAACACGUUUCCGACAUUUCCAAUCGUUCCAUCAUCAUUUUCUCUUUUUUUUUACCUGAUCAUCCUGCUCAAUUUUCAACCGGCCCAAAGGACAAACAAAAGGAAGGAAAAACAAGAGGAAACAGAAUAAAAAAAGAUAGACAAAGAAAAGAAAAAAACAGCGAAAAGAAAGAAUAUUUUCUCUCUCUCUCUCUCUCUCUCUCUCUGUCUCCUCGUCGUCGUUGUUGGUCGUCGUUCUCCUCGUUCUCGUCGUUGUCGUGGGUACAUUUUUUCACAGGGAAUUCUAAAAGCAACCCCUCGAACGAUCCGUCUAAACACAUUGUUUUUAUUACUCGUCUAAAAUCCCAUCUUCCUCCCCUUUUCGUUUCUUCCUUCGCUUCCUGCUCAAUCCUCCCUCUCCCAUCUCUCUCAUUUCUUUUCCUUCAUCGUCGUCAUCAUCAUCAUCAUCAUCAUCAUCAUCAUCGUCGUCCUCUUUCAUUACCAAAUUUCUUCUCUCCUAUGAUUUCUUCUUUUUUUCAAUUUCUUCUUUUCUUUUAUUACGAGGGAAAAAAAGGAUAUCGUUCACACACUCUCUCUCUCUCUCUCUCUCUUUCUCUCUCUCUCAAUCUCUCGCGACUUAGUAUCCAAGUAUUUUAUUUUCUUCUAACACCGCGAGUAAGGAUCGAGUAGGAGGAAAUUUGUGGUUAGAGAGAGAGAGAGAGAGAGAGAAAGAGAGAGAGAGAGAGAGAGAGAGAAAGAAAGAGAGAGAGAGAGAGUGAGAAAAAAAGAAAGAGAAAUAGACAGGGAGAGAAAGAGAGAGUUAGAUAAAUAGAUAAACAGAAAGAGAGAGUGGGAUAGAGAUAGUGAGUGCAGCACGUGUCCGGCUGUGCCGGCGGCGCGAAGAAAGAUGUAAGAAGAGGAAGGGGUGGGGGGGUAUAAAGAAAAACUGAAAAACGAAGGUGCGGAAAGGCUUCUCGUGCGUUUUCUUUAACUGACAAAGGCGCAUCCCGCCUUGACGAAACCUACGCAUCGCGGAUAAACAGAGAAAGGAAGAGAUUAUACGGACAAGCGAAAAGGAAGAGAUUCAAACGAGAAGAGACAGAAACGGAUAGAAAGAUAAAAAGAAAAGAAAGAUCGAUAUAUAUAUAUAUAUAGAGAGCGAGAGAGAGAAAGAGAGAACGAGACAGAGAUAAGAAAAAAAGAAAAAGAAAGAAAAUAAUGCAACAAGUUUGAGAUAAAUAUUUGUUUAAACAUAAUCAUCGUCUUGUUCGAUCUCCAAACGAAAAGAAUAUUUCGUUGGAAAUUAAUUAAUAAGUUACUGAGACCGUCAUCAUACGUUUUCUCUCCUCAUACGGGAAAACGAUCAACGUCAUCGAACGUCAUUAUUGGAAUCGAUUUUCUUCAACCAGGAAGAUGAAAGGCCUCGUGCCAGGCAGCUUAUUCAGCCUACUUGUUCUACUCGUCGCGUGGCAAAACGGAGCGCGGGCUAACUGGUGGUAUCUGGGACUGGAACCUCGCUUGAGCGGAUCGGUCCAGGGUGCUGGAGGCGGUACUGAUGGUUCAGACGGACAACAGGGCUUGGGUCUAGCUGGUGCGGGUGUGAUCGGUCCUGCUAGUGCCGAAAAAAAUUGCAAAAGUGUCUAUCUCAGCGUCAAACAACAACAGAUUUGCUCGCGUUCACCGCCGGUCCUGCAAGCGGUAAGCGCAGGCACGAGAUUGGCGAUCGAAGAAUGUCAACAUCAAUUCAGAUCGGCCAGAUGGAAUUGUUCAGUCAGCCCGGACAAUCCGGACAACAUUUUUGGUGGUGUCAUGUUAGUCAAUAGCCGAGAAGCUGCUUUCGUUUACGCGAUAUCAGCAGCUGGAAUCGCUUACAGCGUAACCAGAGCAUGUUCAAGGGGCGAACUGACAGAUUGUUCCUGCGACAAUCGAAUUAGGACCCGCCGACCGAAUAACUGGCAAUGGGGUGGCUGUAGCGAGGAUAUACAUUUUGGUGACAAGUUCUCUAGAGAAUGGACGGACGGUGCCGAGGAAUCAGUUAAGGAAGGAAUUCUACAUGGUGUCAAAGGAUUGGCCGGUCAGCUUAUGAGGAAACACGACAGCGAGGCAGGCAGGCGAGCUGUCCGUUCGAAAAUGAAACGUAUUUGCAAGUGUCACGGCAUGUCCGGAUCGUGCAGUGUUCGCGUCUGUUGGAGGAGACUUCCAGCAUUCAGAGAAGCCGGGACUGAUCUCGCAGCUCUUCAUGAUGGGGCAGCAUUGGUACGACUGGCUCAACGAGGCGGUAGAAAACCCGCAAGACUGAGGCCCGCGCAACCCGAUCUCAAACGACCGAACAAGACGGAUUUAGUUUACCUGGAGGACAGUCCUGAUUAUUGUGAAAGAAACAUCACGCUAGGUAUUCCUGGAACGAGAGGAAGAAUUUGCAAUCGAACAUCACCGGGUCUGGAUGGUUGCCGAUUGUUAUGCUGCGGUCGUGGUUAUCAAACAAGGGUAAGGGACGUCACAGAGAAAUGCAGUUGCCGAUUCGUCUGGUGCUGUCACGUGAAGUGCGAACUAUGCAGACAGAGGCGCGAGGAACACAUUUGCAAUUAGAAAAUAAUAGAGAGACUUUAGUCAGGCGACUCCAUGCAAUUUGACACCGUGUCUUCUUUUAGAAGAGAAAUGGCUCAUCAUCGAUUUCGAGGUAAAUCGAUAAAAAGAUACUUAUCGCACGAUUUUUAACGUUGCGUUGAUGAAAUAAGAGAAAGAGGAACGAAAUGAUCGAUAUAAGGAAAAGGAAAGGGGAUUGGGAAGCUAAGGAACGAGGGAGAAAAAUAGAAAGGAACACAACAAAAAUAUAUAUAUAUAUAUACCAAUAUCCGCCGCGAGAGGCUAGAAAAUAAGAAAAAAGACGAUAUACCUACGACUCUGUUGAAAAGUGGGGAGAAGAGAGAAAAAGAAAUAGAAAAAGAGAAAGAGAGGAAAUGAGAGAAAGAGAGAGAGAGAGAGAGAGAGAAAGAUUAUGAAGAAGAAGAUGAAGGAAAAAAUAAAAAAUAAAAAAAUAAAAAGCGUUCUGUACCUGACAGUCAGAGUGUCGUAAAUAAUCCACUCUUCGGCAACGUUUAUUUUAAGUUUAUUUAUCUAUAAUUUCGGAUACUCAGGGUAAUACGCUUUGUCCGCGCUGUUCUCUCGUGUAUGAAUAGAAGAAGAAAAAAGAAGCCAACGAUAGACUGCGUGCAUGCGUGCGUGUGUGCGUGCGUGUGCACGCGCGCGCGCCCGCCUAAGCGCGGACCCCUCGAGUUUCAGUAUUAAUAAUGGUGUGGGUAUGUGAGGAGGCGAUCGUCGACAUGGAUACAUACCCACGUUGGAGUUACGAACACGUGGCUCGUUAUGCUAGUCUGGCUCUCAGGUGCAGCGUCGACCGCGUGGAUAUUGACAAACCGAGCAUAUGGAAAAUGUUUAUUAAUUAUAGGCACUACGACGAUUGCUCGAAAACGAAAAAGAAAUGAUCGACGAGAGUAGAUUCAUUCAAUUCAAAAUUAUUUCUUUUUCAUUCUAGAACGCAGAGUGUCUCCGUUUGAAACCGUACGUCUAAAUAUUUCCAUUUUAAAUGGGACGAAAGAAUGUCACAGAACGAGAAAUACAACAGGAACAUUUUCUUUCCCCUCUUCAUCCUUCAAGGUCAUUCUUUCGGAUAAUCGGAGUCGUUUUUUUUUUUUUUUUUUUUUUAUAGAUAGAGUGGUAUGUUUUUCGUGACAAUAAUAUGAUGACUCGUGAAAUCCAAUAUUUCAAAAAAAAAAAAAAUGGAAAGGUGUUUGAGAAAGAAGAGUUAGUUUUAAAUCGAAUCGGUGUCAGAUAAAUUUUCAUCGAUUUUCAUGCGAAACAUAAUAAAUAUUCGUAAAUAUAUCCUCAUAUUGACAUAUUUUUUAAGAUGUAAAUGAUCGCAGUAAACAUCACUUUUUAUCUUAUCCCAAGAGAUGUCCAUUUUUUUUAUUUAUUUAUUACCUAAUUUAUAAAUUUAAGAUCACACUGUGCGACUCCUUUAUUUAUUUAUUUAUUUAUUUUUUUUUAUUUCUUAUUAGACAUGAUUUUUUUUAUCCUGGGCCAUCUUGUAAUCGAAAAUUAUUUUUUCAUGAGCUAUGUACUACGAUAACAGAGAUAUACCAUUCUAUCUAAAAAAAAAAAGAAAAAAAAAAUUAUCAAUGACCUGAAUAUUUUAAAAAGAAAAAGAAACAGAAAAAAAUGACCUUAAAAUAAAAUGCAUUUCAUAUCAUUAUAUCUUUCCCUUUCAAACGAUAUAACGUUGUUCUACAAUAUUUUUUUUAUCCUCCGAAAAAAAUAUUUAGAGGCGUUCGCGAUUUUAAAUGGGAUACUCUGUAUACUCUCGAUGAUAGACAUCCGAUUAAAAGGAGAUGUAUAUGUAUGCGUAUACACUAUUACUACUACGUUGAAUGUAUAUGUAUGUAUGUAUUAUCAUUAUAAUGGAUCUUUGAAAUAUUUAGAAUUCUUUUUUUAAUUUUAAUAUCGAGUAACUUUCUUUUAAAUUAUAAAGCAAAAGAAGAAAAAAGAAAAUUACCAAUCAAUACUCUGUAUGACGUUUCUAAUAGAAAAGAAUACAAUUACUAGUUUUAACAAUGAGAGCUUCGGCUUUAGCUUAUUGCUUUUAACGAUAAAAAAAAGUCUUUUUUAUAUAGUACAUUUACAACAAUUAAAUAUAUGCAUUUUGUGUAGAUUAUAAUUUUCAUACCUUCGAUAGUUUUCGUCCAAAGAUUUUUUAAUAUCUUAAUGAAUUAUUAUUUUACAAGACAAAAAUAAUUUUAAAGAGAUUUUUUUACGAAUAUAAUUUCCUUUUCCAUUGCAUUCGAAUAUUUCAUAUAUAUUUACGUAGAUAUCAACAAAUUGCAUAUGUUACUCGAGAUAGAUAAGAAGAACUUUGUGAAAAGCUUACUUUACAUACAUAUCUUGUCACAGUUACGACUAAUCGCACCGUGACAUAGUUCAUACGAUAAAUUAAUUUCUUCGUACAUUCGAUACUUUCGUUUAACCAAUUUGAAAAAUAUUAUUUGGUUACAAAUUUGUUUUUCUUUCUUUCUUUUCAAAUUUCUACGAAUAUGAAGGCAUAUCAGAGCUUUUGUAUUUUCGUUUUUAACGAUGAACCGUCCUGGUAUGCUCGUCCGAUGAUAUAUACCUUGAAUAGAAGUGACUAUUUACCAUCGCAACAUUAGAAGCUCGAAAUAUUAAUUAUGCAAUAUCCACGUGCGAGAUGAAAGACAGAGAGAGAGAGAGAGAGAGAGAGAGAGAGAGAGAGAGAGAGAAAGAGAUACAUAGAUGGAGAGAAAGAGAUAGAGAGAAAGAGAGAGAGAGAAAAUGAUAAAAAAAAAACAAGAAGAGAGUACUCGCAUAUUAAUACACACACACACACACACACACACACACACACACACGGACAUAGACACACACUAGUGAGUCUUAUCUAUUAAAUUAAAGAAAAAGAAAAAAAAGAUAAAAAGAAAACAAACAAAAAAAAAAAAAGAAUCAUUAAAACAAAAAGAUCUCUAAAAGUAUAGGGUAUCUUUAAUGUAUGCCAAUGCUCUCUAGCGCCUAGAAUUUUGUCUUUAACGUUAAAAAGUAAGAAUAAUCGUAACGCUCGCUGCCGCACUCGGCGUAAUUAAAGAAAAAGAUAAAAAAAAAAAAGGAAAAAGAAAAAAAAAGGAAAAAAAAAAAAAAGAAAAAGAAAAAAGAAAAGAAA